GCUAUGGGCCCCCGUGUUUGACGCAGACGGUGACACCAGUGGACGUACCGGCAGUCAACGUAAUGAUGGGUCAGAGGUAGUCCUGAUGCACAGUGCAAAAACAUACGUGGUCCGAGUUCCAAACUUUAUCAGCGUGGUGUGUUUAAAAGUGAUGUCAGUACAAUAUGUGUAGACAUGGGCUGCCUGAAUGCGAACGAGACUCAGUAUUACCAGUAUAUCGCAGCUCGAGGAACUACCUGCGGUGAUAAAAAGUGGUGUAUAAACGGCGUGUGCGAGUAUUCUGUUGACGCACCUAGUAUCCCAGAUUGUUCACCUGGAUACAACAGCACGACAUGCGUGGGGAAAACGUGUUCAUUUUCUUAUACCGAUGGUACGCAGUACAAUGCCAACUGUUGCUCGAUGUGUGAGCUAUCACCAACAACAACCACAUCAUCGACGACGACGACGAUUACAACUACGACUACAACGACACCAACUUCAACGACUGCAACCACACCAACAACACCAACUACUGGAACCACACCAACGACACCAACUACUGCAACCACACCAACAACACCAACCACACCAACUACUGCAACCACACCAACUACUGCAACCACACCAACAACACCAACUACUGUAACCACACCAACGACACCAACUACUAUAACCACACCAACUACUGCAACCACACCAACUACUGCAACCACACCAACAACACCAACUACUGUAACAACACCAACGACACCAACUACUAUAACCACACCAACUACUGCAACCACACCAACUACUGCAACCACACCAACUACUGCAACCAUGUCACCACCAACAACAACUACGUCAUUGCCAGAGACUGCAAGACCAAGAACAACUAGAUUACCAGCAACUGGUGAAUGUAUUAAGGUGGUUCCAUACUGCCAGUUCCUCAAAGCCUAUAUCAACAUCAAGGGCUACGAAUCAGUACGGGAGAAGUACUACAGGUGUGGGUGUGAGCCGAGUGUUGCAGGUAGUUCGAGUACAACAUCACCAACAUCACCUACUACCACGACACCAACAACCACAACCACAGCAACUACAUCACUGCCAACUACAACUACUACAACAACGACACCACCACCAACUACAACUACUACAACAACGACAACUACAUUAGUAACGACUACUACAACUACCGGUACCAUAGUGCCACGUCCAACGACGCCCUAUCCAGGUUACUGUAACCAGUAUAUUCCGUACUGCAGAUUAUUUGCCCAGUACGUACGUGCUGGAGUGUACCCAAACAUAAAGAAGAUAUUCUACCAAUGCGAAUGCGAUACGUACGUGUGAAUCUGCGACAGUCUACAACGACGACUUUAUCAACGGCAACAAUGACACCGCCAACAGCUGAAAUAAUAGUGCUGAUAUUUCUCUGUAGAACUGUAUCAAAACGAAAACUAUGUAUAACUUCUACUGCCGAGUGUUCUUUUAUGUAGAUUGAAUACAAUGUUUUUUUUUUAUCUUUGAUUGAAUUUUUUUUACCCUUUUUAUAAAAAAAAAAUUAUUUUGCUUUUUACUAUUUUGUCUUUUUUUUUUUUUUUUUUGUCGUUUUGUAAAAGAUUAUAUGAAUUAAACAGAGCUGCUUCAAAAAUCGUCUGUUUUAUGUUUAAUGAUUUUUCUUGUUAAAACCACUGAACUCAGUUUGUAGCCAGUGUAAAAUAUGUACGGUUAUUAGAGAGCCUUCGUAACCAGACCAUUACUGUUACGAAGUCUGUUUUGUUUUACGACACCACUGGAGCACAUUGAUUAAUUAAUCAUCGGCUACUGGAUGUCAAACAUUUGGUCAUUCUGACACGUAGUUAUCAGAGGAAACCCAUUACAU